CUCCCACACUCACACCUCCCCCAGCUCACCUCCUCCCCACCCCAGCAUGGCCGCGUCCACCAUGUCCCUCUGCUCCAGCGCCUGCACUGACUCCUGGCAGGUGGACGACUGCCCAGAGAGCUGCUGCGAGCCCCCCUGCUGUGCCCCCAGCUGCUGCGCCCCAGCCUCCUGCCUGACCCUGGUCUGUACCCCAGUGAGCUGUGUGUCCAGCCCCUGCUGCCAGGCGGCCUGUGAGCCCAAUCCCUGCCAAUCAGGCUGCACCAGCUCCUGCACACCCUCGUGCUGCCAGCAGUCUAGCUGCCAGCCGGAUUGCUGCACCUCCUCCCCGUGUCAGCAGGCCUGCUGUGUGCCCGUCUGCUGCAAGCCUGUGUGCUGCAAGCCUGUCUGCUGUGUGCCCAUCUGCUGUGGGGCUUCUUCAUGCUGCCAGCAGUCUAGCUGCCAGCCGAUCUGCUGCACCUCCUCCCCCUGCCAGCAGUCCUGCUGUGUGCCCGUCUGCUGCAAGUCUGUCUGCUGCAAACCCAUCUGCUGUGUGCCUGUCUGCUCUGGCACUUCCUCUCCAUGCUGCCAGCAGUCUAGCUGCGUGAGCUGUGUGUCCAGCCCCUGCUGCCAGGCGGCCUGUGAGCCCAGCCCCUGCCAAUCAGGGUGCACCAGCUCCUGCACACCCUCAUGCUGCCAGCAGUCUAGCUGCCAGCCGGCUUGCUGCACCUCCUCCCCCUGCCAGCAGGUCUCCUGCGUACCCGUCUGCUACAAGCCUGUGUGCUUCGUGCCUACCUGCUCUGAGCCUUCCUCUUCAUGCUGCCAGCAGUCUAGCUGCCAGCCGGCUUGCUGCACCUCCUCCCCCUGCCAGCAGGCCUGCUGUGUGCCUGUCUGCUGCAAGCCCGUCUGCUGCGUGCCCACCUGCUCUGAGGAUUCCUCCUCAUGCUGCCAGCAGUCUAGCUGCCAGCUGGCUUGCUGCACCUCCUCCCCGUGUCAGCAGUCCUCCUGUGUGCCCAUCUGCUCCAAACCUGUCUGCUGCAAGUCCCUCUGCUGUGCGCCCGUCUGCUGUGGGGCUUCCACUUCAUGCUGCCAGCAGUCUAGCUGCCAGCCAGCUUGCUGCACCACCUCCUGCUGCAGACCCUCCUCCUCCAUGUCCCUCCUCUGCCGCCCCGUGUGCAGGUCUGCCUGCUGCGUGCCCGUCUCCUCCUGCUGUGCCCCUGCCUCCUCCUGCCAGACCAGCUGCUGCUACCCGGCCUCCUGCGUGUCCCUCCUCUGCCGCCCCACGUGCUCCCGCCCGGCCUGCUACAGCCUCUGCUCUGGCCAGAAGUCCAGCUGCUGACGGCGCUGAAUGUCAUCCAGAGUCCCUUCCCACCUGGGGCUGACCUCCCAGGGGUCCAGCCAGCUCCUCCCUCUCUGGCAUUGACACCCUGAGAAUAUGGGGCAGGCUCUUUGUCUCAGGGACCAAGAUGCUCCCCCAGUCCUUCCCAGAUGCUGGCUGCACGAGGGACCCCAGCUGCUCCCCCAGACCCAAGUUCUGCAGAACUGACCCCAGCAGGCCUGGUUCCACCCUGGGCAGUGCCCCUCUGAGUUCUAAUAAAGCCGCCUCUGUCUCACACCAACCUCUGUCCUGUCUGUGGACCCCCGGGGGGCACAGGGUGAGGUGGGAAGUGAUGCCACCCCUGACUGCAGGGACAGUCCUGACCCCCAGCAGGCCUGGUUCCACCCUGGGCAGCGCCCCUCUGAGUCCUAGGAAAGCUGCCCCUGUCUCUGUCGACCUUCGAUCCUGUCUGUGGACCCCGAGGGGCGUGGGAUGAGGCAGGAAGCAAUGCGCCUGGUGCUGGCCUCUGUGAACCCUGAAGGCCAGGCUCCCUCUUAGCCCCGUGGGCCCCCAGCCCCAGCACGUGACGCCCCAGCCCAUCUUAGGGAAGCUGCCUCUGGAACCAAGGCCAGGAGUUUUGGGACAAAGUGGACCCUGGCAGCAGCUCUGGGCCCC